AGGGUUAAAUUACCUUCCACUUAUUAUCUGUAACCAUUCUCUAGUGCCACUUUACCGUAAGGCAGCCAUGCCUUCAGGAGUCAUAUUCAUUGUUUGCAUUCCCUCAAGUAAUUACGAACAUGUGUUAAGAUACGGGAAACCUAAAAACUUCCCGAUCCAGACUCCAUCAUCGUUCAAGCCGUAUCAGCUGGAGGUAGAGCUGAGGAAUAAGAAGUGUAGAAGUAUACCUGUGCAGUUAACUCAGCAGUAUUACAAUGAAGCGUAUAACGCGACUUUGGAUAACAUUAAAGAGGAAGAUAAGUUUUUCACGUUGGAGAGCAUAUUACAAGAGUUGCUAAACAAGCUUGAAGUAAGCAAAGUAGUAUGGGUCAGCGACAAACCGGGAAACUAUUACGAGGUCAUAUUCCCACUACCCACUGGAGAUGAGUGCGAAACCAUGCUGCAUUGUCUGACCCAGCUGGGGAUUGGGGUCCGAUGGAAGUCAGUUGUAAGCGUUUUACCGUGCAGUGUUGUACACUCAGCCCUUGAACAUGAGGAUUACGACGAGGACACAAUAAUACGAAAAUCGGAAGAAGCAAAGCGUUGGCGCAGUUUUGUGGAGUCAAUUCGGUCAAAGCUCACUGUGAAGCAAGUGGUUGACGGCGUUCGAGGAGGCGGCGAACUAUCCUUCGACUAUCUCACUCUAAUUCUCACUGCUGACUCCCUCGCUGCCCUCGGCCUGGUAGAAAACAAUGCCUCAAACAUAGUAGCAGCUAUGCUGGUAUCACCCCUCAUGGGUCCAGUGAUGUCCAUAACUUUCGGAACCAUCAUAGCCGACAGGAGCCUCGUCAGAAGCGGCUUCGAAAGUCUUGUUCUGGGAAUGUUCUUCUCGCUAGUUUUUGGAUUCAUUUUUGGACUUAUCUUGGGAACUACAGAGAUGCCUUGGGGUUUUGGUGAUUGGCCCACUGAAGAGAUGAAAUCAAGAGGAAAUGUUCGUGCCCUUUGGAUGGGCGUGCUCUGGGCCUUAACAUCAGGCACGGGUGUGGCUUUGGCUUUACUACAAGGGAGCGCUGGGCCUUUGAUCGGUAUUGCGAUUUCGGCAUCAUUGUUACCACCGGUUGUAAAUUGCGGAUUAUAUUGGGCCUUGGCUUGCAUCUGGCUGUUGUAUCCAGGAGUUAAAAUACCGCAUAUAAAAGGAGAAGCUUACACUGGUAAUUCAUCUUACGAACCCUUAUACCACGAUUAUCUGCCCAUAGAAUUCGCUGUUAACGGCAUCGUGAGCUGCUGUCUUACAAUAGUCAACGUAAUCUGCAUCUUUAUCACGGCCAUAAUGUUCUUGAAGAUUAAGGAGGUCGCCGCGCCGUACACUUCGACUCCGGAUUUGAGGAGGUUUUGGGAACAAGACAUUAGAGUGGCUAGAGAGGCAAACAGGGCUAAUUUGCACGAAGCCGAACAGGACGAACGAGCUGAAUUCCUUUUGGAUGAUCUUAACCAGGGAUCUGAUGAGGAUAUUAAAGACAAGUUAGAAGCUGCAGUACAAGAAGCCCUUGAUGACGAGACUUACAGAAAAGUGAAGCGGAUGAGCUACCAGAGCCACAUAGCUGACGAGGUAUUUCGUACAAUCGGCAUGCAGUCUCGUACGCCAGUCUCCCUACGUUCCAGCCGCCGCUCCAGCAUAGCAUCACCGCGCGCCAGCGUCAAACAUCCCACUAAACAGGAAGAUAUCGCCGCACUUGACAAGAUCCUAACCUCCUUACUAGGAAACAGAGACAACAGAACAAGAUCGUUCCGGUCCCAUCGCGGAACGCCAAGAUCUAGCCGUAUGCCGGUGAUUUGUGAAAACAACAGACGAUCGGAGUCCUGGCCGGAAAGGAUAUUUGAAAACUCUGUUGUCAGCAGUGUGUUAAAUAAUUUGAAAACCAGUCAACGGAAUUCGUCGGCUGAAGAACCGUUUUUAACUCCUAAUUGAACUAUUUUUCUUCAUCUGCGCAAGAACACCCGCUUUUCACUCACG